GGAACUGGGUGAUCUUUAAAGUCCCUUCCAACCCAAACCAUUCUGAAAUUCUAACAGAACUGGCACUGGUUGAAUAGUAAAAACUUCUGGGUAUAUGGCUGUGUAAGAGCAAGUGAAUGGAAUACACUUAAGCAUUCAGGCUUCUAUAAAUCUAAGGUGUAUAUGCUGUCAUGACUUUGUUUCCUUCUUUAGUUAAUGCUUUGAAAUCCCAGGGUAUCACAUGUGAUUGUUGCAGUUAAAUGCCUCAGUGGUAGGAAGCUGUUUGGUUCUUACAGAAUUUUGUGAAAUAAAUUUUUACUUUUUGCUCAGUGCAGAGAACACAACCUUUAAUACAAUUUAAUGUAGAGAUUUUAAAAGAUCUGUAACACUCUUCAGAAGGCUAGACUUAAAAUUCAGUUAAUAACUAGGCAUAACGACAGAAUUGUGUCCACAAGUGCUAAAUAUAUACAGCGCACAGAAUAAUUGAGCCCAUCUGCUUGAUGAAGAUGUUAGAAUUACAGGAAUUUUGUAUAAAAAUCUUUGAACUUUUUUGAAGCUUGGUAUAAAAUCAAUCUUAUAGGGUUAUUUUCCUGCCUAAGUCUGUUGCAUGUUUUGUAAUAGAAUGCUGUAUUAUGUAGAAAAUUUAUAUUGGAAUUCUCUAUUAAAUCAUUCUUUUAGGCAAAGUAUUUUCCGAUCUGUUUCGUUGCACGUUGAAACUUGUUUGAAAUUGCACUGCAGCUCUUAAAAAUGUUGUAUUUGGUAAAUGCACCCAAAAAACCUAACAAGCCAUAAAGUGCUUUUUAAAUGUACACUGGUGUCUAAGCUACUAUCUUAGGAAUUUAGGAUUACACUAUUUUCACUGCGUUUCAUAAUAUGCAUCCAUACUGUCCAAGUACGUGUAUCCAACAGUGUUCCCUUCCCCCAUGAGCUCACAUCGCUGCUUCAGAACUUAACAUAUACAUAGAAGGUUGGUCUCUCUGUAAACAAAGUAUUUGAAUCAAAUAUUAAAUGAAAUUUUGGGGUCAUGCAUUUAAAUUUAAAGCAGACUUUUUGUUUUCUAUAGAAAGCAAUACAUUUUCAAAAGCACUCUUAGUGAAGUUAUGAAAAGAAGAUGAUAUUUUGGAAGUGACCAGACUACUUGUGUCAUAAUUCUCACUUAUCAAGAAACAUUGGUCGUCAUUAACUUUAUAUUUAACUUUUUCAAGACUGGGAGUGUAGUAAAUUUGCAGAUGUCUGUGUUAAACAGAAUUCACAUGGCACAUCCUAAAAGACCUCUGCAGUGGCAUGGCAUUGUUUAGCCUGGCUUCAGCUGUCAUCCCGUGACAGAUCAAGGACACAGGGUUUGAGUAUGAGCACAGUUGAAGAAGAGUCUGACACAGUGACAGUAGAAACCGUGAACUCUGUGACUCUGACUCAGGACACUGAAGGGAACCUUAUACUUCAUUGCCCUCAAAAUGAAACGGAUGAAGUAGACUCUGAAGACAGCACUGAACCUCCACACAAGAGGCUUUGCUUAUCAGAAGAUGAUCAAAGCCUUGAUGAUUCCACUCCAUGCAUUUCUGUUGUUGCUGUUCCAAUUUCAGAAAAUGAUCAGAGCUUUGAGGUGACCAUGACUGCUACCACUGAGGUAGCUGAAGAUGAGAUUAACGAAGGAACUGUUACUCAGAUUCAGAUUCUUCAGAAUGAACAGAUGGAUGAGAUCUCCCCAAUGGGCAAUGAAGAAGUGUCAGCAGUUAGUCAAGCCUGGUUCACAACCAAAGAGGAUAAGGAUUCUCUAACAAAUAAAGGCCAUAAGUGGAAGCAAGGGAUGUGGUCAAAGGAAGAAAUUGACAUUUUGAUGAGUAACAUUGAGCGUUACUUAAAGGCUCGUGGAAUAAAAGAUGCCACUGAAAUUAUAUUUGAAAUGUCAAAAGAUGAAAGAAAAGAUUUCUACAGGACAAUAGCUUGGGGUCUGAAUCGGCCUCUCUUUGCUGUCUAUAGAAGAGUUCUUCGCAUGUAUGAUGACAGAAACCAUGUUGGAAAGUAUACUCCUGAGGAAAUUGAAAAGCUUAAAGAGCUGAGAAUAAAGCAUGGUAACGAUUGGGCCACAAUAGGAGCUGCACUGGGGAGAAGUGCUUCAUCUGUAAAAGAUCGAUGUAGAUUGAUGAAAGAUACCUGCAACACAGGAAAGUGGACAGAGAAAGAAGAAAAAAGACUUGCAGAAGUAGUGCAUGAGUUAACAAGCACAGAACCAGGUGACAUUGUCACACAAGGUGUGUCGUGGGCUGCUGUAGCAGAACGGGUCGGGACACGCUCUGAAAAGCAAUGCCGCUCUAAAUGGCUCAACUAUCUCAACUGGAAACAAAGUGGGGGCACAGAGUGGACCAAGGAAGAUGAAAUAAAUCUGAUCUUGAGGAUAGCGGAACUUGAAGUUUCUGAUGAAAAUGACAUCAAUUGGGAUUUACUAGCUGAAGGAUGGAGUAGUGUCCGCUCACCACAGUGGCUUCGGAGUAAAUGGUGGACCAUUAAAAGACAGAUUGCAAACCACAAAGAUGUUUCCUUCCCUGUGUUGAUAAAGGGUCUUAAACAACUCCAUGAGAACCAAAAAAACAAUCCAGGACACCAGCUUUCGGAGAACAAAUCUGGAAGUGGAUUACCAAACAGUAAUUCCAGUUCAGGAGUUCAGCACGUGCAGAUUCGAGUGGCUCGCCUAGAGGAGAGUGCAGGCAACACACCAAGCCCUGUAGCAGCUUUGCAGAUUCCAGUCCAGAUUACGCAUGUCUCCUCAACUGAUUCCCCUGCUGCUACUGUUGACUCUGAGACAAUAACACUAAACAGUGGAACGCUACAGACCUUUGAGAUUCUUCCAUCUUUCCACCUCCAACCAACUGGAACACCAGGUACAUACUUACUACAGACCAGCUCAAGCCAAGGCCUUCCCUUAACACUGACGACUAGUCCUACCAUGACCCUAACGGCUGCUGCUGCUCCAGCCUCCCCAGAACAGAUCAUAGUUCAUGCCUUAUCGCCAGAGCACUUGUUAAAUACAAGUGACAAUGUCACAGUACAGUGCCACACGCCAAGUGUCAUAAUCCGCACCGUUGCUGCUGAAGAUAUCUCCUCCUCCGUCACUCAGGCAGAACUCAGUGUUGAUUCGGACAUUCAGUCAGCUGACCUGACAGAUCCUCAUGAUACCCUAGAAACAAAUACUUUCCCGGAUGAUAUCCAUCAGUCCAAGCUGAGUGACGAAGAGCCAUCAGCCUACAAUGAAGAUGAUGCCUCCAAAUUCAACAGCAGGAAUAGUAGUGAACUGAUGGAUGGAGUUAUGGUAAGGACUGGGGAGGAGAUUUCAGAUGCCAGCCUGAAACAGGAAGAUUCUCACUCUGAUUUACCCAGCGCCUAUGUUACAGAGGAACUGGGCUCUCCAACAAUAGAAGAACAAGUUGAUCAGCCUACAAUAGAUGAUGAGACUGUGCUUAUUGUUCCUUCUUCUCAUGGUUUUAUCCAGGCAACAGAUGAUAUAGACAGCGAAUCAGUCUUGCCUCUGACAACUCUAACAGAUCCCAUUCUACAGCAUCACGGAGAUGGCUCACACAUUAUUGGCUCAUCACUUGGCAGUCCUGACUCAGAAGAUUCAAAAGAUGUUGAGGAUUUAGUGAGUUGUCACUGAGAGGCAGUAACCGUGUUCAUUUUCUAUUGACCAUGUUUGCAUUGUGAAGUUAGUUACAGCCCUGUGCCGCACUUCCAAAGACAGUAGUCAGUCUGUGUCUUUAACGAGAAACUUCCAGUUUGCAAUGACUACCGUGCACUUUCUCUGCUCAGGCUAUUUACCUCAUUUGUAAAGGGUUAGAGAGCAGCCAACCGAAGCCUGAUGUACUGCAUCUCAGCCAGGGUGUUGCUGUGUCUUAAAGAAUCUGUUGCAGUGCUCACUGCUGGGAUCCACAUGGUCGAUUCUGAUCUGACUUAUUACCGGUGUGCCGAAUUGCACAUGUGAGAAACUGGACAGAAGUCAAGGAUUGUGGACUGUAGCCUCUUAGUGCCGCAGCAAGAAUUAGUUUGCACAUGUUUCAUGAAGAAUGGGUGAGGAUUUCUGCACUUACUGACUCUUGUAAUACAUGGAGUAAGAGACUGUUACAUUUCAGGAAGAAAUGUAUUCCAUCAAAGACUUCAGGGAGCAUGGGCAGCGUCAUGAAGAAAUGGUCUGUAUUCCCAUCUCAUCUGCCUGUUAGUUUGUCUACGGCAUAGGAAGAAGACACAGAUGCUUAUGGGACUUGCCUGAUCUGCUUGUUCCCGAGGAGUCCGUUGCUGGCAACGGAUAGAGCUCAGAAAGAUCACUUGUGGAAUUUUUUUAAUGUUAUUUUUUAUUUUUUCUUUCUUUCAUCACUACAGCAAGCUGAAUAAAAAGGGAAGGGCUAUGAGAAAGGGAAGCUACUGGGACCCACCAGCCUCCCCCGGCAAGCUUGUAACUGCUUUGAAGAUUGUUGUGAGUAGGCUGGAACAUUUGCCUCUCUCGCUGUUUACAUGACACUACCAGCCACCUCUCCAGAGGUGAUUUGUGCGGCAAGUUAGUAGUUGGGUGGUGAGGUAGAGGUGGCAAAGUCUUGGAGAAAUUGUUGUGGGAGAAUUUAGGCAUAGGGCCUCGAGGCAAAGGAAGAGCCAAGCAAUUCCUACAUGCAAGGGUUGAAACAGAUACUAGGCUGAGCAACAGCCUGUUAGCUAGGGAUGGAGAGAAAAAGCUAUAGAAACUAAAGACUUGUGUAUAAAUUAUUUUAUUUAUUUCUGUAAUUAGCUCUUCAUAAUUAAGAGUUGGUCUUUUUCAGUCUGUGGUUUUGUUAAUGUGAAAAAUAAGUUGUAGUUUCAAAUGGUUGCCUAGGGAACAGAGAUAAUUGUAUAUUCAGUUUAAACAAAAUAAAGAGUAUUUGUCUUACAUAACUGUAAGAUGCCAUUUAUUUAUACUGCUACAGAUCCUUGCAAUGCUGCAGUUUUUGUACAGUAAUAAAAAAUGCAGUUUUUUCCAAAAUGAAAAAGCUUGUGCCAUUCUGAAACAUCAGUACAACUGGAAUGUUCAUUAAGUGCAACAGUAGCUCUUCAAAAAAAAGCAGAAUAUCACGUCUUAAUGGCAAUAAUUCUCCCCAACAAGAGGGACAUUACAUAUACAUUUACAUGAAAAUCAUGUACUGGUUUAGCCUUGCACAACCCACUUCUUUCCUCUCAGGCAGAUAGUCCUCACUGCAAUGUCUCGAGUAGAGCUGAGAGCUGAGCUGAAAG